GAGUGAGAAGCAGUACAAUGGGGCGGUGGUGGUCGCCGCCGGAGCCGCGGUCGGUGGAGCUGCUCCUGCUGGGCGUCGCCCUCGUCGCCGCCUCCUUCUACGCCGGCACCCUCUUCCAGUCCUCCGCCUCCCCCGCGGUCGUAUUGCCCCCAUCCGGCUCCCGGUCGCCCGAUUCCUCCAAUCCCCAAGUGGCAGAUGCUCCAGAGUUCACAAACAGAGUUGCUGCCACUUACCGAACGACGCCAAUCUCGGUUCCGGAUCACGGGCUCGACGUGUGUCCUCUGGAGUACAACGAGUAUGUCCCGUGUCACGAUGCAGCCUAUGUGAGCAGCUUAAGGAACCUGGAUAGAUCUAGGCACGAGGAUCUUGAGCAUAUCUGCCCUCCGCGAGAGAAGCGAUUGUUCUGUUUGGUGCCCCCGCCGAAUGACUACAAGGUACCGAUAAGAUGGCCAACGAGCAGGGACUAUGUGUGGCGCAGUAAUGUGAACCAUUCACGCCUUUCUGAGGUGAAAGGGGGACAGAAUUGGGUGCAUGAGAGUGGCAAGCUUUGGUGGUUUCCUGGAGGCGGUACUCAUUUCAAGCAUGGCGCAUCAGAAUACAUAGAGAGGCUAGGAAAUAUGACGACAAAUAGUACCGGCGAUCUCAGCUCGGCAGGAGUAGUUCAAGUCUUAGAUGUUGGAUGUGGUGUUGCCAGCUUUUCUGCUUAUCUUCUUCCCCUAGACAUUCAUACUAUGUCAUUUGCCCCGAAAGAUGGCCAUGAGAAUCAAAUCCAGUUUGCAUUAGAACGUGGGAUUGGCGCAAUGAUCUCCGUGUUAGCCACGAAGCAAUUACCCUAUCCUGGAAAUUCAUUUGAAAUGGUACAUUGCUCCCGAUGUCGUGUCGACUGGCAUGAAAAUGAUGGAAUAUUGCUCAAAGAGGUUGAUCGUCUUUUGCGACCUAAUGGAUAUUUUGUAUACUCGGCUCCACCAGCUUAUAGAAAAGACAAAGAUUUCCCUAUUAUCUGGGAGAAGCUAAUUAAUAUCACAACCGCUAUGUGUUGGAAGCUUAUUGCUAAGCAUGUUCAGACGGCUAUAUGGAUCAAACCUGACGAUGAAUCCUGCCGACAGAAAAAUGCUGACAUGAAGCUCCUGAAUAUCUGCAACCCCGAUGACAGUUCUUUGCCAUCAUGGAAAUCCCCAUUAAUGAACUGUGUUCGGUUGAACACGGAUCAAUCAAAAUUGCAGAAACUGCCUCCCAGACCUGACCGCCUAUUAUUUUAUUCGAGGAGUUUGGAGAGAAUAGGAGUAACUCUAGAGAAGUUUGAGAAUAAUAACCAGUUCUGGCGGGACCAGGUUCGCAAGUACUGGUCACUUCUUGGGGUUGAAAAGACUAACAUAAGGAAUGUCAUGGACAUGAAUGCUAACUAUGGUGGAUUUGCUAUGGCACUAAGCACUGAUCCUGUCUGGAUUAUGAAUGUAGUACCCCAUACAAUGAUCAACACACUGCCUGUUAUCUAUGAUCGGGGGUUAAUUGGUUCUUAUCAUGACUGGUGUCAGCCAUUCUCAACAUAUCCUAGGACAUAUGAUUUGCUACAUGCCUUCCACCUCUUUUCUCAUUAUCAAGGGCGUGUAGAAGGUUGCUCAUUGGAAGAUAUCCUACUAGAAAUAGAUCGCAUCAUUCGUCCACAGGGUUUUAUGAUUAUCAGAGAUGAGAAUACCACCCUCUCAAGAAUCAGUGAUCUCGCACCAAAGUUCCUAUGGGAUGUCACCACUCACACAUUGGAAAAUGAGGAAAACAGGCCUGAGCAGGUUUUGAUCUGUAGGAAGAAAUUCUGGGCCAUCAUUUAAGGGUUGCUUGUGCACGAAGAUUUAGUCCUAUAUUUCCCCACCCCUUAUCUUGCUGACACAACAUAAUGAAGACUUUCAGGUGUACUACAGAAGUUUUGAGAUGUUACACAAUAUUCAUCACCAACUCUUUCUAGGUGAUACCACCACGUUACUGAAAAAGCAGAAGACAUAAGGAGUUCCUUCAGGAAAUCGCGGCUUUUUUUUUUCUUUAAGGACGAUUUGGUAGGUGUAAAGAGGCAAGAUAACAGUUCGAUUUGUGUAGUUUUAUCAAUGACUGUUGUGGUUUGUCAUGUAAUUUACUAACUUUGUAAACUAAUUUAGGGUUUCUGACAAAUCUUGAGCUAUAGUUAUGCAAUGAAUGACGAGGCAUAGUUAUUUC